AUGAGCUUCCUCAACUUCAUCACCACCUUUGAAAAUGGAUGGAAGCCUUUGCGCAAAGGUAUCAUCAAGUUCUUCAACUUUCUUGAAGGGUCGGAGCCUAACUUCACUUCCGAGGACCGAAUGAAUCUUUACACGAUCGUCUACAAUAUGUGCAACGAAGAUCCUAAGUACAAGCGUAGCUAUUUUCGAGAACUAUCUAAAAAGUACAAGGAUACAUGUGAAGAGUACAUCAUAUCAAAAGUUUGGCCAUCUUUGCAAGAAAAGAAAGAUGACAUUUUGUUGAAAGAACUUCUCAAAAGAUGGUCAGAUUAUAAACUUAUGACAUGCGGCCUCUCGUCUAUUUUUAACUAUCUUGACCAAUAUACUCGGCAUUUCACGUUUACUUCUCUUGAAGAAAUCAACUUCUCAUCCUUUAACUACAGGGUAUAUGAGAAGAUGAAUAAAGAUAUAUUGGAUGCUAUAUUUUCUGUGAUUGGUCGGAAACUUGCAGGAGAGAUGAUUGAUCCAACAUUUGUUAUUAACACGUUGGAUUUCUACAUAAAGUUUUACAAAUGCACAAAAAAGGACAAGGCACAGGGAGAAAAAAUGAACCGCAGAUCAGCUUCUUUAUCGAAGAAAAUCAACUUGAUAAACUCUGAGGGGACUGUGUUUGAAAUUGACUAUGGUAUGGCACUUAUGUCUAAAAGAUUUGAGGAAAUUACGAAGACCAUUUCUGUUAGUCGUGACGUUGAUGUUAUUGCUGUUGAUAAAGUGAGUAGCAAAAUAUUGACGAUGAUUGUUGAAUACUGCAAGAAGCAGAGAAAUUAUCCUAAUCUAAUGACAGGGGAUGCUAAAUUUGUGGAAGUUGACCCGAGAACUCUGCUUGAUCUUACAACAUCUGCAUGCUACAUGAAAAUCGAGAGCCUGGAGCAGCUAACAUGGAGCAAAGUAGAUGAGUUGAUAAAAGGAAAGACACCGGAGGAAAUUGCUGAAAUGUUUGGAGAUGUAGAUGACUCAAACUCCAAGUUAUUAGAAGAGAACAUACAAAAAAUAGAGUCUUUGGAGAUGUAG